AUGGAUGAUGAUUACUAUGAGACGCAGCAGUUGGAGUUGGAGGCCAUAAAGUCGAUUUAUAUGGAGGAUUUUGAGGAUCAAACAAAACCUUCGGCAUGGAACCAAAAGCCCUCACCAAGAUUCCUUCUAAAACUAAGGUCUGACUCCACGAAAAGCUCAUCAGUAUCAUUGACGCUAGAUAUAGAAAUGACAGCAACGUACCCUAAAACUUUGCCGAUAAUCAAAAUUAUGAACCCCAAAAGUAUUUUGUCUAGUCAAGUGGAAAAUCUACGGAAGUUGAUCAAUGACAUAGGGAUGCAGUUGAAAGGAUAUGAGAUGAUCUUCGACAUUACCAGCGCCAUAAAGGAUAAAUUGAACGAGUUCGAGAAAUCAGUGACUAAUGACUCUUUAGAGGAGGAAAGAUUGAAAAGAUUGAACCAAGAACAAGCAUUAUUAGAAAAAAGACAAGAAGAUAUGGAAAAAAAAAUGAAUGAAAAAUUACGAAGAGAACAACAGAAACUUGACAAGAUGAUCAAGUUAGAAUUGGAAAACCGAGAUGAUAGAAUCGACCCAGAUCAUUUUCGUAAUGACAGUGAGAGCACCCUUCCAGAUGCGUUCUUUUCAAGUAUCAAUGAAGAUCAUUUGACGCCACCCCAGGCGCUAUUGAAAUCUGGAGAUGCGGUUUUAUUCGACACCAUAAUUCAUGCCAAAGACUCGAGGUACAAGUUCAAGGCCGUGACCGGCUGUUUGCCAUUGCAAAGAUCAGGAUUGCUAAAAUAUGGGAAUCAUUUUUUGGUGAAACCGUAUUUUGCCAGCUCCAUCAAAGUAAAUAUUGCGUCAGAGAUUCAGAAUGAACUUUAUCAAUUGAUUGAGAUCCCGUUGAUUGACAAGUAUUGGAAAACUUUGAAAGCUAAAAAGGAAUUAAGAGCCUUAGAAGAUGAAUUUCAAGCAUUGACAAAACUAAGACAUGAGAACAUCUUGACUUUGUACGCUUUUGAAGUGGAGAAAGUCUCCAUAUCCAAUAAUAAGAAAAAUGACGACGAAUAUUUCUACAAGAUUAAAAUAUUGAUGGAUUAUUUCCCGUACGGUACUGUUGAUGAUUUAUUAUCCUCGGCAAAAGUGGUAAGCUUGUCCACUGCCAGGGCUUGGAUUAUGAAAUUAAUCGAUGGUAUUGAAUUUCUACAUAAAAACGGGUUUAUUCACCGAUCUAUCGGUACUCAUUCUGUGGUGUUUUUCAGAACUAGUGAUGGUUUCAACUCAGUGAAACUUGCUUAUGCCUCUUUUGGGUAUAGACUCAAUGAUAUGUUGGAUGUUAAUACUCCCGGCGGCAACAAUAAGAAGUUCGAAGAUGGAAGCGCCAACCAAAUAUGGAUCGCUCCUGAAUUAGCAAAGAACACUGGUAGACCUCAACGUAAAACCGAUGUUUGGGAUAUUGGUGCGUUAUUUGUUCGGUUAAUUAUUGGAACAGAAGAGGUUUCUAAUUAUUCGGACCCCUUUGAGUUUCUUGAUAUUUUCCCAUUAGAGGCCUCAGUUCACGAAUUCUUGUCAAAAAUGUUCAAUGAAAAGGUCACAAAAAGAUCAUCUCCCUUUGAUUUAUUGCCUUGUACAUUUUUAAGAACUAGCGUUUUGUCAAAUAAUUUUGUCGAUACCACUAGUGAUACUUUCUCAUCCAGAUCGCACGGUGACUUGGCAAAUACCAGUGAGCUAUCGGGACAUAGCACCAUACAACGAGGCAAGCUGCCAGGAGCAUCGCGAAUCGAACUAAGGAAAAGCUUUUCAGCACUCGAUCCUUCGCUGGCGAUCGGAUUGAACCGAUAUUCGCGUUACGAAGCCGAUUUUGAAGUUGAUAGAGUGUUAGGAAAAGGUGCGUACGGGGAAGUUGUGAAGGCCAGAAACAGACUCGAUGGGAGAUUUUAUGCCAUCAAAAAAAUUAUACACAGUGUUGCCAAGUUGGACAGUGUGCUAGCGGAAGUCAUGUUGCUUUCAAGAUUAAACCACCAAUAUGUCGUUAGGUACUUUGCUGCUUGGGUGGAGUAUGAUGGUCUAUCAAAAAAAUCAUAUAAUGCUAUUCUUGAGGAAAGCGAAGAUGAAGAUGAGGAGUCAGAAGAUGAGUCCGAUUACGAUGAAAUUGAUAUGGAAAGUCUUGAUAAUAUGAGCUUAAAUUUUGAGUUUGCAUCUGCCUCUAAGAGCGAACACAUGAAAAGUAAUCAUUUAGAUUUCAUUUCGAACUCUAUGCCUCAUGGAUAUUAUGAGGAUCAAUCUGAUGAAUCAAGCGAAUCGGAAGAUGAAUCAGCUCUUAUGGGGGAAUCUGAGAGUGAUGAAUCAACGGAUGAUGAGAAUAACCGCAUGAUACCUGCGAAGAGGAAACAUAUUGCACCAAAGACAAGAACCAAGGCAACCUUGUUUAUCCAAAUGGAGUACUGUGAAAAUCGUACUUUGCACGAUCUUAUAACUAAGCAAAGUCUAUCUCAAAAUAGUGACGAAUAUUGGAGAUUACUCCGCCAAAUUUUGGAAGCUCUUGCCUAUAUCCAUUCCCAAGGUACGAUUCACAGAGAUUUGAAGCCAAUGAAUAUUUUUAUAGAUGAAAGUAAUAAUAUCAAGAUAGGUGACUUUGGUCUUGCCAAAAAUGUCCAUCAACCGGCAGCAGUUGCAGGUAUUGGUGGUUCUUUCAAAGUCUCUGAAGACUUGACUUCAGAUAUCGGUACUUCGUUCUAUAUCGCUAAUGAAGUUGUCUCUGGAGGAGGGGCUUAUAAUGAAAAAAUUGAUAUGUUUUCUUUGGGUAUCAUCUUCUUUGAGAUGACCUAUUCGUUUGGCACUUCUAUGGAAAGAUUCAGAGAUUUGAAAGCUUUAAGAUCUCCAGCGGUGGGGUUUCCACCAGACUACAGACCUGAUAAAAACUCCAAAGAAAGAAAGAUUAUUAAAUUAUUGUUGGAUCAUGAUCCAUCUAUGAGACCGAGUGCUAGUGAUCUACUUCAAUCAGCAUUAUUGCCGGUGAAACACCAAGAUGAGGUUAUCAAGGAAGCGUUGAAAAGUUUGGCAGAUCCUUCUUCUGCUUGGCAGCAACAGGUGAGAGAAACAUUAUUUUCCCAACCUUUCAAUCCUGCAAAAGAUGUAUUGUAUGAUAAUCGAACUGUGGCUGAUGACUCUGAAAUCGUUCAGCUAGUGAAGUCAAAGAUGAUCGAGAAGAUUUUUAACGUAUUCAAAUUACAUGGCGCUGUUGAAUACUCGAAUUAUCCAAGCUUGUUUCCUAAAUCGACAAAGUAUCACUCAGAUGAUAUUUAUGAGGUUUUGAAUAAAGAUGGUUCGAUUUUACAAUUGCCAUAUGAUUUGACUUUCCCAUUAGCUAGAUUGCUUUCAAAGAGAAAAACUUCAUUGUUCAAGGUUUUCAGGUAUCAGAAUGUUUAUAGAUCAGGUAGAAAUAAGGGUGGUGAGCCUGAUCACUACGGGGAAAUUGAUUUUGAUAUCAUCACUGAUGGCUGCUCUGACAACGACUUGGCGUUUUAUGAAGCGGAAUCAAUAAAAGCUAUUGAUGAGAUUGUUGAUGUUUUCCCAUUAUUUGACAAGAAGAAUAUUUCCUAUGUGUUGAACCAUUGCGAUAUUAUUGAUACAAUUAUGGAGUUUUGUAAUAUUGACAAAGCAAAAAGACCGUUGAUUUUCCUUUUAUUGUCUAAAAAUGAUUUUACUGCGUCGAUGAGUGAGAUUAAAUUCCAGCUUAGAUCGACUUUGAAUGUUCAAUCCACAGCUUUAAAUGAUUUGGAAGCUUUCAAUUUCCGUUUGCCAUUAGCCGAGGCGAAAAAAAGAUUCCAUAAAUUGAUGAUUGAUAGCCCAUAUCUUUCGAUCAUUGAUAGAAUUUUGGGACAUCUUCAGCACGUCAUGGUGUAUUUGAAGCAAUUUGGUAUCGAAAAAAAGAUUUACAUUUCUCCUUUGAGCAAUUAUAACAUCAAGUUUUAUGGAAAAGGUAUAAUGUUUCAAGCAAUCCAUGAAGAGAAACAACGCCGAAAAAUCAUUGCUGCUGGAGGGAGGUAUGAUGGGUUAAUCAGAGAUCUUUCUUCGACCAACUUGAUGUCUCAUAAUCAAACCCAAGCAGUGGGAUUUAGUUUGGCCUGGGAAGUUAUCUUCAAUAGAAUGUUGAAAAAGGAUAAGAGUUUGAAAGGUGCCAAGAAAGUUCCUUCGACGUUAAAUGAUCUUCAUAAGCACAUCAAUUGGAAAAUUGUCAAGUGUGAUGUGCUUGUUGGUACAUUAUCUAACCAUCCAGCAUCGAAGUUGAUGUGUGUUGAUAUUUUGAAAACUCUUUGGGACUCAGGGAUUUCUGCUGAUCUUGUGAGAAAUUGUGAAACUUUGGAAGAUAUCCUUAAUGCCGCUCAGACGUAUGGUACCAAUUUGUUAGUAUUGGUCAAGCAACAAGCUAGCUCAUCACAAACAAAGAAGAACUACAAGCCUUUGAAAUUGAAGAACAUUGAAUUCAAUACCGAUAAGGAUGUUUCCAAAGAUGAACUUAUUGGCUCGUUGAGAUUGGAAAUUGAAAGGGCAAAUAGCGUGAAUGGUCAAAAUGUUGACGAAAAUGCUAAUAAUGGCGCUUUCACUGGGUUCGGAAAUAACAAUAAUGAUGGCAAUGGGGAAGAGGAAAAAGAUUUCUUUUCAGUGAACCAUAGGUUUGAAAUUGUGGUUAACAAUACCCCAAAAAGUAGAAAAAGCAACAAGAUGCACAAGUUUGAUAAAAACGCGAAAAAAGCGGCACAGAAGGCGGUGGUUGAUCUUUCUAAUGCUCCGGUUUUCACGGUUGAUUUAAAGGAGGAAAUCAUGGAUAUGAUUGUCAUUACCUCAUUGAAGCAAGGUGAUGAAUUUAUUCGGAAAGUUGGGGGAAUGUCGUCUAAUACCCCAAAAAGUUAUAUAACAAAUAUCUACAAGGCAUUGCAGAAAGAGGCAGGCAAGCAGAUUAAAUGGGCCAUUCUCUACAGCACGAAAAGCGACCAGCCUUAUAUUAUAGAUUUACAAAGAUAG